CCUUGUCGGAAAACGCGACCAAGCAGCGGCCAGUGCGGCAGUGUCUUCUCGCCCUCGCCCUCGGCGACCACCGUCUCUGCCGCUACCACAGAGCCUCCUACUCUUCUUUUCCGUGCGGAAGAUCGGUGCAUUUCUCGAUCUCACCACCCGCCGGUCGCCGGCGCCGCCUCUGCGCCUCCCAAUUUUCCCAAACCCUAGAGCCAAAUCCCCCACACAGCCGGGUUUGCUGGUAGGCAGGAGAGGCGAAUCGAGCCCCCCUGCCGCUGCCCGGCAUGUCGCCACGCGCGUACGCAUGAGCUCGUCCAUGGACGAGAUCAACCUGUUGGGGCAGGCGCAGCGGCAGCAGCAGCACCACAUGUCCGUCCGCGGCAUCGGCGAGGAGAUCGACCUCGAGAUCGACCAGUGCUGUGAGGAUCCCUCUUUCUCCGACGCAGCGCUCGUGGCCGUCCCCUCCCCGCAAGACCCCGUCGUCCCCGCCGACGACCACAAGGGCUUCCUCAUCCCGUGCUCGCAGUCGCAGCCUGCCGCGGUGGACGGCCAACCGCAGCCCACGCCGCCGCAAAGGGAGGAACACCAAGGCACACUCAGGCUGCUGCCGCAUACCAAGAAGAAGAAGAAGGUGGUGAAGAAAUGGCGGGAAGAGUGGGCGGACACCUACAAGUGGGCGUAUGUGGCCGUGCACGACAACACCAGCAGAAUCUUCUGCACUGUCUGCAAGGAGUUCGGCCGGAAACAUCGCCGGAACCCCUAUGGGAACGAGGGGAGCAGGAACAUGCAGAUGAGUGCCCUCGAAGAGCACAACAAUAGCUUGCUGCAUAAGGAGGCGCUCCGACUACAGUCUGCGUCCAAGGAGAAGGUGCAGAGUCCUGAGAUAGAGAGGCCGGUCUAUGUCAAAGCUUUGUCAAAAACAGCAGCUUCAAUACUUGAGUCUGUCUCAAACAAGGAUCCUCAUGAAGCUGAAUUUAUACAGUCUAUCCAGGAGGUGGUUCAUUCUAUCGAACCAGUUUUGGUGAAGAACUCCCAAUAUGUUCAGAUAUUGGAGCGUUUAUUAGAACCUGAGAGAUGUUUUGUGUUUAGAGUGCCAUGGAUUGAUGACAGAGGCGAAUCACAUGUCAAUCGAGGUUUUCGUGUGCAGUUCAGUCAGGCUUUAGGUCCAUGCAGAGGUGGUCUUCGCUUCCAUCCUUCCAUGAACUUAAGUGUGGCAAAGUUUCUAGCUUUUGAGCAGACUUUGAAAAAUGCCCUGUCACUAUAUAAACUUGGAGGUGCUGCUGGAGGGAGUGAUUUUGAUCCAAAGGGUAAAAGUGAAAGUGAGGUAAUGCGUUUUUGUCAAAGUUUUAUGGAUGAGCUGUACAGAUAUUUGGGCCCUGAUCAGGAUCUCCCUGCUGAAGAUGUUGGUGUUGGUCCUAGGGAAAUGGGCUACCUAUUUGGACAGUACAGACGCCUUUCUGGCCAUUUUCAGGGAAAUUUUACAGGCCCUAAAAUCUUCUGGUCUGGUUCUAGUUUCCGUACGGAAGCUACUGGAUAUGGGCUGGUAUUUUGUGCACGUGUUGUACUUGCUGAUAUGAACAAGGAGCUCAAAGGAUUAAGAUGUGCGAUAAGUGGCUCUGGAAAGAUAGCAAUGCAUGUCUUGGAAAAGCUUUUGUCGUGUGAAGCUAUCCCUGUUACAGUCUCAGAUUCAAAAGGCUAUCUAUUAGAUGGAGACGGGUUUGAUUAUGUGAAAUAUUCACUUAUAAGGAACAUUAAGGCUCAGCAAAAGAGCCUCAAGGAGUAUUUGAAAACAUUUCCACGUGCCAAGUACAUCGAUGAUGCAAAACCAUGGGGUGAGCAGUGUGAUGUUGCAUUCCCUUGUGCAUCACAAAAUGAGAUUGACCAAGGGGAGGCUCUUGCAAUAGUCACCUCUGGUUGCCGUGUUCUUAUAGAAUGUUCAAAUAUGCCAUGCACUGCUCAAGCAGUUGAUAUACUAAGAAAGGCAAAAGUUCAUGUCGCUCCAGCAAAGGCAACUGCUGCUGGUGGGGUAGCAGUCGGAGAACUCGAACUUAAUUCUGAGUUCAGUUUGAUGCAGUGGUCGGUGGAAGAUUUUGAGAACAAAAUACAGGACGCAGUAAAGCAAACAUAUGACAGAUCAAUGAAAGCUGCUCAAGAUUAUGGCAUCAUGAAAGAGAACCCAGAGUUAGUUUCCUUGUGCAUUUAUGUGGAUAUCUUCUUCCAAUGCUUCCACUUGGCUUCACUCCCAGAAUCUGAUCUAUCUCUUGCUGUCUGCAGGUCAUUAGUGCAUGGUGCAAAUAUAUCUGCAUUCCUCAACAUUGCACAAGCCAUGACUGAUCAAGGAUGUGUCUAGCUAAGCGUUUGGUUCUGUCAAGAAAUAGAAUUACACGUUGAUAGGGUUUUGCUUGAAACUGGUUGUUGCAGUCAUCUAUCAUGAGGAUUCUUAGCCUCACAAAUCGAUAUAUCUUUGGGCCUUAUAGGAAAGAAGAUCUGUUCUAGAUAUAGAAGGGCCUUCCUUCUGGACAUGCUGUUUCUGCUCCCGGGAGCACAUGCACCUGGUUUUUAUAAUUAAAUUUCA